AUGGCACACCGGCACCUUUCACCAACUCACGUUGACCGCCAGCAAAACUUUUGCAGAUUUUUUUUUUUUUUUUUUUUUUUUAAUUUCCUUGUCUAUAAAUUCAAAUCCUCCUCCUUUCAUUCUUUAACCCCUCCUCCCCUCCUCUCCCAAUCCCAACUCUAUUCUUUAACCCCUCCUCGCCCACGCCUCUCCCAAUAUCCUAACUCUCAGCCGCCUCUCCCAAUCCCAACUCUCAGCCGGGCGUGCUUGGGCGUGCUUCUCUCCCAACUCUCAAAGAAGAGACUCGAUCGAUCGAUAAUGAAUUCCUCCGUUGAUUCUGACGAGAUUGAGCAGCACGAAUCUGACUCCGAAGAACUAAAUCAGCUUAGUAAAGAUCUUGAGAGUUUAGUAGCGAGCAACGAGAAGAAAAAAAAAAAAUCGAGCAAUUGAGAGAGGAAAAUAAAAAACUGCACGAUAAUUCUAAAAAGUUAGCGCUUGUUACGAAUGUCUGCUUGUCGGCUGCCGCAGUUGGUGCGAUUGUGAUAAAGAAAAGGGCCUCCCGUGCAUCUGAAGCUGCGAAGAAUAUUGCGAAAUCGCUUUGAUGAUGACUGUUUUCUUUUUUCUCUUUUAUACUGCUUAUGCUUCUUUUCUUUUUUUCUUUUUUUUUAAUUCUUGUUGUUUGGUAGCAUUAGUUCUGGUAUUUUAUUGUGUUCUGGAUUGGUGUUAUGUUGUUUUUUAUUUUAAUUUCGACUAAUCCGAAGUACUUAUAUUAUUUUAUAAAAUUGUCCGACACUAUACUUUGAAUUGCGGAAUAUAUAUAUAUUUUUAUUUUAUUGUAAUAAAACAGAUUGAGGAUCAGAGAAGGAUGAUUGCCCGUUGUUCUCACGACCGACCGAC